UUCUUAUCUCCUGGUACAAGCAUGUCACAGAGCAAAAAGGAGCUUCGUGGCCAGAAGGGUGUCAAGGUCGGGCAGAGGGGGCACAGACUCAUCGCGCGCCACGAAUAUAGCUUUGAUGCCGCUAUGCUGUAGAUAAGAAUGAUUUCAAAUUUUACAGGUACCUUUCGACCUAGGUGUCCUCAGAUCCUGCUUGCUAAGGGCGACUAAAACCGCUGUUUAACCCCUUUGAUUUUCGGGUUCGUUCUUAAACUUCGUGCUAAAUCGUAAUAUUUAUCAACGAGAGAUAAAGAAGCUGGCUCAUAGAGUAGUUUGUUGGUAGUAACGUAUUGCCAGGUUGUUUGCCUGGCUGGUAGCUGGUGCAGUUGUCGACAUAUCAAUCGCGUGAGAAGCAUCAAAAGAUUCAUCACUAUUGUGGCAGAUUCGCCUUGAUUUCGAUUACUGAAAUUAAUGUAGCUAGUUAAUUUAGCUGAAAUUAAUGUCAUAUGUUCGGUUUUCACCGCCAUUACCAGCGCUGCGACAACGCCAUCACCAGAGGCGUCGUGAUUAACUAGCCCUAAUCUCUUCUUGAUCGGAGAGUGGAUCUAUAGAGUUCCGUUGAUCCACACGGCAGUCUGUUUCGGUUUGAAAAUGGUUCAAAGAUGCUCGGGCAAGAUCGCGAAAUUCCUGCUGUUCGCUUUCAAUUUCAUCUUUCUAUUGACUAGCAUUGGAAUACUUGCGAUUGGCGGACUUGGGCAAUACUACCUGCAGAAGUCAGGCCAUACAGUUGGACAGAAUUAUCUCUCCGUGCCCAUCGGCCUUAUCGUCAUCGGUGGCGUAAUUUUCAUACUCGCCUUUUUCGGUUGCUAUGGUGCCACGUAUGAGAGUUAUGCUAUGUUAAUGAUAUUCGUGGUGCUGAUCACCAUAUUGUUGGUUAUUGAAGUAGUUGUAGGCUUCAUGUUCUACACGAAUCAAGAGCGUGUAUUGCAGAUCACUCAGAUGAAUUUAAAGAAGACAAUGGCAGAUUACUGGAAAACGUCGGAGCUCAAUCCGGCUAAAUACACAUGGGAUUUUAUGCAGGAAAAACUCGAGUGCUGCGGAGUGAAAGGUCCCGCUGACUGGUUGGUUUAUAGAGGUCUGCCGGAGAGCUGUGGUAGGCCGCUAUACCACAGGAAAGGGUGUUUCGAGGCAGUUAGAGAAAAGCUCAAUGAGUUCUCAAACCACGCAAUGACUAUUGGCAUCCUUCUUAGUGCAAUACAGGCAAUUGCAAUCUGUCUUGCUUGUACGUUGGCCAAUCAGCUACUUGGAGUUAAGAAGGUCAUAUCAUACGAGAUGGGCGGAAGUACGGCAGAUAGCUGCUUGCGAUGUGUGUUGUUCGCGUUCAACUUUUUCCUCAUGAUUGGUGGUGUCCUCGCAACGGUCAUCGGCGGUGCCACGAUAAUGUUUGCUUCGAACUUAAAACAUCUAUCGAGUCUUGCCGUGUUGACGUUUGGGGCUGUCGUCAUCAUUCUAGGAUGCUUCGUAGUCAUAGCAGCCUUCUUCGGAUGCUGUGGAACGUUUUGUGAGAACUCCUGCUUUCUCGAUACCUUUGCUGCUAUGUCGAUCGUUUUGCUGUUUGUUGAGAUAAUUAUCAUCGUCCUCGUAUUCCUUUACUGGGACGGCAUGCAGGAGAUGACAAAGACUCGUUUAAAGGAGACCCUGCACGACUACUACGAUAAUACAAUGGCAAAAGAUUCCUGGGACUAUGUGCAGGAGCGCUUCUGGUGCUGCGGUGUGAACGGAUCGAAGGAUUGGCUAGAAGUUCCGGCGUCAAACGGUACGACGCCGAAAUCCUGUGGUGAGCUCCCAGUAACAAAACCAGGAUGCAUUGAACAGCUAAGAUGGAAGAUGCGCAAGUGCAUAUUAUUUGUAAUUAUAGUUGGCUCAGUGAUUGCGAUCGUUGAGGUCAAUGGCAUCAUUAUCGCGUGUUGGCUAGUGAGCCAACGCGGUGGUAUUCUAACCUCAAGUUGAAUCACACUGUGAAGACCAACAGAAGUAGCUAAAGUGAAGAAGUAUGUACUUUAGUGAACACAAGUGCAGAUACGUGGUCCGGCAGCAAAUCGUUGUGAUUUAUUUGACGAACGCAGCUGAAUACUACAUUAUUCAAGCGUCGCUAGAUUUGGAUUACGACGCAAGGUUUUUAAGCUUGACUUCUAAGACCGGUUCAUUUCGACGUGCAUAUCGAUAGUGCCUUAUUUAUAUUUGACAACAAGUUGCAGUUGACAACAAGUUGUAGUUAACAUUAAGUUAAAAGAGCGACCCACGAUGAUACAACAAAAUGGAAGGUGAAACCGUAUCUGACUUAAUAAAAACAGAUUCGAUCUUUGUUUGUCGGCAA